UGAUAGCACACUUGCAUCCGCAUCGCCGAGCCGAGGGUUGAGUUUGAUCUAGCAAUAAAACUCCAUGUGACACCCGUGCGUUUAUUUACGGUUAUUCUCGUGUACCCCUCAUCCGUUUUCAACGCGAAGAGGUCUUUUUCCAAACCCAUAUCUGACCACCUUCGCGAAACCGCUCGGAUCGCUCUUCGAUAUCAUUUUUGUUUUUAUACCUUUCAUUUCUCAACAUGGCAGAUGACGCUGCACCCCGGGUCCCGCCUACCCACGAGAUUAUCAUUGUUCCCCCUGCAGGGCACGAAGGCCGCCAUGACCUCCUUCAGCAGUGCAUCCAAGUUAGGAUUGCCGUUUUCGUCACAGAACAAGGAUUUCCUUUGGAAGUUGAAGUCGAUGAACAUGAUCCGACUGCGACGCAUUGGUUAUUAAGACUUUUACCCUCUCUCGAGCCUAUAGGGACAAUCCGCGCCCACAAAGUGGAACACGCAGGUGGCUCGUAUUACAAACUUGCACGCCUCGUCGUUUUGAAGGAAUACCGGCAUUAUAAAUUCGGGCGUAGUCUCGUGCUUGCGUUGCAUAAUUGGGCCAAGGAUAACGCCAGAUACUCAGGGGUAGUUGACUUCGUCAACAUAGUUUGUUACUCCCAAGCAGUUCGUUCAGACUCGCCUGGCGCUGUAGCGUUCUAUCGCAAGUUGGGUUAUGAAGAAGAGGGCGAUCUGUUCGAUGAAGACGGUGAACCCCAUCAGAAGAUGGUGGUUCGAUUAUCAUUAUCGGAGUAA